AUGACUACCCUUAUCAAUGGAGCUCUGCCAACGCCUCGGCAGCUCCGCUUCGUCAACAAUCAGGGCCAGCCACCCUCGAAGCGAAGACGAGUCAAUGCUGCCAACGGACAUGUUUGCCUUGGGUAUUCGGAUCUUGUCGAGAAGAAGAAGGAGUCGACACACGACUCAGCGAGAGAUUCGAGGGAGGAUACGGAUGGCGACGAGUUUCUCGAACGGGACUUCUCAGACCCCGAUGAGGACGACGAGAAGCGCCAUUCCAAGUCGAAGCAUGGAGCGAAGCAGUACACACUUGGACAGGGCGAGGCGCCGCGGAGGGACUCUGGAGGUUCCAGCACCGUAACGACCGCAUCAAACGCCAGGCCCAGGACGGCGACUAACGACUGGGAUCAGGCACAACACGCGCGCCGACCAACGUAUCCGCGAUCGGUCUCGUUCUCAGAGGAUGGUCGAAGCUCCAACAAUCGCUCCCCCCUGCAAACGCAUCACACGGAGCGCCACAGGGUGCCGUACUUCAGAUACUUCGGACCAACCGCGAUCGUUCCUGGGUACAAACAGAUGGUCGUCAAUAUCUCUGUCAGGGACCGACGUCGGAGUCGGGGUGGCUCCUUUUCCGGCCAGUCUCCUGCCUCUCUGACGUCGGACCAGAGAUCCGUGUUUGCAUCAGCUGUCCAGGCUGAACCCCUUUUCGAAGCUGUCGAAGAUCUGCCUGUCUAUGAUUUGAACGACCAUGCGCCUGUUCAUCAGCUUAUCUUGAACUUGGUUAAAACUUUCUUCCUCCACCUUGGAUGCAAUUACCCCUUCCUUCGCGAGGAGAAAUUCAUCCGCAUGGUCAAGGAGAAGCGUGUGGAACCGAUCCUGGUUGACGCAAUGUGUGCCCUUGCUGCCCGCUUCUCCGAUCUGUCAAUCUUCACAGACGGAAACGAUUCUUCUAUCCCCCGCUCAGAGUACGGAAAUGUGUUUGCGCAGAGAGCAAGAGCCGCAACCGUCGAUACCUUUCCAUGUCCCACAGUAGGUGCGGUUCAGGCCUGCCUCCUUAUGGCCUACGAAGGCUUUGGGGCCAAUCAGGACAGCGCCUUGUGGAUGUAUCUCGGGUUGGCGAUUCGCAUGGCCGUAGAUUUAGGCUUGCAGAAGAUGGUCGGAGUGAUGUAUCAAGGACAGAGAGAUCCAUGGUACACGAGGGCCUGGAAUCGUACCAAUACCGACGACGAACUCACGGAUCAAAAGCAAGGAACUGACGAUGAGACACUGAGUGCCGAAGAGCAGCACGAAGUGGAGCAAGAGAGAAUCGACACCUUUUGGGCGGUGUUCAUCUUAGAUCGUGUCAUCUCCUCUGGUACUGGCCGGCCAGUUACUUUCAGGGACGACGAUUUCGAGCUCACCCUCCCCGAAGCAGCCCUCGAUCCUGCCUCCGGCCUCCCCGCUCCGUUCCCUACCUUCAUUCAGAUCAUUCACUUGUACGGCCGUGCGUCAGAUGUUCUAAACAAUAUCAGGAAUGCACGAGAUUUGACGCAAGACAAGAUGAAGAAGUUGGCGCAAAUGGAGCACGAACUCACCAAGCUCUACCAAAAGCAAGAUCCGCACCUACAUUUCAACGCAUCCAACUUCCAAGACUAUGUCAAAGCAGGGCAGGGCACCACAUUCAUUCUCUUGCACUUCUGGUUCCAUGCGCUCAUCAUCAUUCUCCAUCAACCAACGCUUCUCACGCCGUUCGAAAGCCUAAGUCGCACACAUCAACUCCUGCCAAACAGCCGCGAGCUUUCAAUGUCUAGCGCAAAGACCAUUGCGGACAUCCUUGCCUUUGCGGAACUGAUCGACCCCAAGAGCUUCAUCGGCAAUCCUUUUACGUCACAGCCUAUGUAUAUUGCGGCUUGUGCAUUUCUCAUGGAGUCGGUAGCCAACGCUUCGCAGCCGGCGUCCCGAGAAGUGACGCCACCCGCCGAGAACAAAAAGGAAUAUACACAGUCUGCAAACAUCAAGACCAGUCACGGAGGUCCUUCUUCGAAGCAUUCAUUACUCGCGUCAGCAGCCAAUCAAAAUUACCAGCGGUGCUACAAGUCUCUACAGCAACUGAAUACGUACUGGGGCGGCGUGGGUUAUAUUCUCACUGCCUUAGAUCAAAAGUCCAAGGGGAUAUGGGACUGUGAGACAUACACCAACGAAGAGUACGAGAGCGCCAAAGUGCCGCGAAGGAACUCCCUAAAGCCUUUCCCUCGCUUUGAAAACCCGGCAUCUCCUAACGUGCCUCCCAUCGCCUGGUCGCUUACGGGGACGACCAACUCGCCCAACUCGAGCCUCACGCUACUUUAUCAAAACAAUGCCAGCGCAAUGGCGUCACAUGGGAUACCGACAGCCCAGCAGCCUCAGCAUUCUGGCCCGACAUCGGCUGCAACACCCCCCGGGAACAUGGUAUACGAUCCCAUUCGUCAAAGUCUUCCAGAAACCUCCAUGUUCCCACCGGCAAUUCCACAAGCCCAUCUGUCAGCCGUGAGACACUCUGCCCAACAAGCCAAAGCUCCCCGUGCGCAGCCGCGCAUGUCUACUGGAUCAAGCAGGAACUUUCCUAGAUUCGACUCGCACGCGACAGACACCGCCGGAUCGGCAAGCCCUGAUUCCGGCCGCGGGUUACGGUCGAGUUCCUCCAUGCAUGCUCAGCAACAUCCGCCGUUGCCCACAGCUGCCUUCACCGCUGCUUCCCAUCACCCGUCCAGUUAUGAGACGGGUGGAUUGCCUGCUGGCUCACCCACCAGCGCAUUAAACGACACCUCUGACCCUCGUCAUAGUCACAAUACCCAGAACGUUACCGACAACCUUAGCGGCGGCGGCAACUCUUUCUCGCCAGACUUUGCUCAGAGCGGGCUGGCUUCGGGCUCCUACGCAUACUAUGGGCCGGUGCCCAUUACCGAUGUCAUCACCUUUGACAGCCAGGAGAUCGAACUCGGCAUGCUCGACUUGCCCAACGAGAUGAUGCCUGCCUGGUUUGACUAUCUCCCCGGCGACGUGCUGAACAUGUUUGAGAGCGGCAUGAACGGCGGGGGCAACCACCAGCAUCAUCAGCACAUGGGCUGA